UCUAUAUCUUUUUCAUAAAAAUGUUUGGAUUCACAACUAAGAAGUUCUUGCCAGCUACAAGGCCAAUGGCCAGAUUCUUUUCAACUCAAAGACCAUUCAGAAUCUUGGGUCUUCAGCAAAUUGCCAUGGGUAAUGAGGACAAAUCUGUCCUCAGUAACUUCUGGGGAGAUAUCAUGGGGCUUAAGAAAGUUCACAGCUUCACAAGUGAGAAAGAGAAUGUAGAUGAAGAUGUCAUGGAGAUUGGUAAAGGAAAGCUUGGCACUAUUGAGGUUGACCUUAUGACUCCUCUUGACCCAAACAGAUCUCCAAAAGUUCAUAAGCCAGCCUUAAACCACAUUGGAUUCUGGGUAGACGAUCUAGAAAAAUGUGUAGAACACCUUGAGAAAAACAAUGUUAAGGUUGUUGGAGGCAUUAGAAAGGGAGCUAGUGGCCACAAUGUUACUUUCAUUCACCCUAAAAGCUCAUGCGGAGUUCUCGUUGAACUUGUACAAGCCCCUGAAGAUGUAAUUUCAGAAUACGAUAACACGGAUUAA